ACCAUGAGCCGCCGUGACCGCGACCCCGGGAUGCCGCCGCCGCUCACCGUGGCCCCGGAGCGGCUGGCGGCGGCGGCGGCAGCGCGGGGAGCGGAGCGGGAGGAACUGGCGGCACUGAACGAUCGUUUCGCCGCUUUCCUGGAGCGGGUGCGGGCGCUGGAACGGCAGAACGGGACCCUCCGCGCCGCCCUGGGCCGCGCCACCGCCGCCACCGGGCCCCGCACCGGGCUGGUGCAAGGGGAGCUGCGGGGGCUGCGGGAGCGGCUGCAGCGCCUCGGCCGCGACCGGGACCGGCUCCAGGCGGAGCGGGACGGGCUCGCCACCGACCUGGCGGCCCUGCGGCAGCGGCUGGAGGACGAGACGCAGAAGCGCGAGGAUGCCGAGAAGAGUCUGGUGCUGUUCCGCAAGGACGUGGACCACGCCACGCUGUCCCGCCUGGAGCUGGAGCGCAAGGUCGAGCUGCUGAUGGACGAGAUCGGCUUCCUCAAGAAACUGCACGAGGAGGAGCUGCGGGACCUGGAGGUGAGUGGCCCGAGCCCGGCGGGGCUGGCCGAGGUGGAGGUGUGCAAGCCGGAGCUGACGGCUGCGCUACGGGAGAUCCGCACCCAGUACGAGAGCAUCGCGGUCAAGAACCUGCAGGAAGCCGAGGAAUGGUACAAGUCAAAGUUUGCCGACCUCUCGGAUGCGGCAAACCGUAACCACGAGGCGCUGCGGCUGGCCAAGCAGGAGAUGAACGAGUCCCGCCGGCAGAUCCAGAGCCUGACCUGCGAGGUGGACGGGCUGAAGGGCGUGAACGAGGCGCUGCAGCGGCAGAUGCGGGAGAUGGAGGAUGAGUUCGGAGAGGAGAUCGGGAACUACCAGGACGUGGUGGGGAGGCUGGAGCAGGAGAUCCAGCAGAUGAAGGAGGAGAUGGCACGGCACCUGCGCGAGUACCAGGACCUGCUGAACGUCAAGAUGGCCCUGGACAUCGAGAUUGCCACGUACCGAAAGCUGCUGGAGGGCGAGGAGAGCCGGAUCACCAUCCCACUGCACCCCACCACCUCCUUCAGCAUGAGGAGCUCAGUGCUGGAGCCGCAGCCUGCAGAGAGCCCGGCACGGAGGAUGGUGCUCAUCAAAACCAUCGAGACGCGGGAUGGGCAGCAAGUGGUGACGGAAUCGCACAAGGAGCGAGCGGGGAAGUGACAGAGAGGAGCGGCUGCGAUGGCCCCGACCCCACGGUGGGGGGGUUUUGCCAGACCUUGCUGCGUCCUGGGCGGGGCAUGGAGCAGAGCAGGGGGCUGGGAGUGCCCCAAUUGCUAUUCCUGCUGUCAGCACCACGGGACAACGCUGUGGUGUGUCCCUGUGCCUUUGCAGUGUGUCCCUGUGCCUUGUCCCCCCACUAUUUAUCGCUAUUUAUUGCCUGUUUAUUAUUCUCCCACCCACAAGCCCAGCUGUAUUUAAUAUCGAGUGUUCCCCACGCUGCCCUGGGGUCUCGGCUUCCCUCCUGCCACCACAGCUGGCACCGGCUGCCCGCGGGGCUGGCGGGUCCGGUGACAUCCAAGCGAUGUCCCUCUGGUGUCACUGCCAUGGGGAGUGGGACAGAAAGGGAAGCAGCGCCCGGCUGAGGCGGGAUCUGUGUCCCUGGAGUCCCGUUCUGUCCCAGAGCCCCUCUCCAUGCCACGACUGCCACUCUGGGGGGGUCUCACCUCCCCUCCCAUCACCGGAACGAGCACCGGCUACACCGGGGUUGGCGGCUCCGGUGGCAUUGAAGUGCUGUCCGCUCUGGUGUCACCGUCUCGGGGAAGGAGCCUCAACCCCUGAACUCUCCGAAUCCCGGGGGUUCCGCUCCUUCCCGGGACCCCGCGACUUCCAGAGGAACGACGGGCACGCCCGGGAUCCCGCUCCAGCCCCACGGGGCCUCGGUCCGGUUCUCCCGGAGCAUCGCAGCACCGGGCCGGGCACCGCCGCGUUCGUUCCUUACCGGGACCGCCAGAGGGCGCCACCGGCCCGGCCCGAUCGCUGCCGCGGGUUAACUCCGUGUUAAUUGCGUGUUAAUUACGGGUUAAUUACAGCGUGACAAGGCUCUG